UAUUUGAAAUACUACGAGCCCAACCAAGCCUGGUCACGGUAGAACGAGCACGCAGGCGAGAGUGAAAGAUCUGAAAUUUCUUGUCUUCGAUUCAUUUCAAUCUCCUUCAUCAUUGGAUCAAUCUGCACGAGCUAAACGCCGCCGAUUAAGACCAAUCUCUGCCGAGGACGUCCUCAAAGCUGAUGUAAAUCAGUAAAUGGAAGUUUUUCUGGAAAAAAAGGGUUAAAUCCUAAUCAGUUUUGGAUUUCAGAAAGUAGUUGCCUUUGAGAUCGAGGUUACAUCAAUGUCGGUAUCUCUGGGAUGAGAGGAACAUUACUAUUGCUGAAAUUAGCUUGAAUGGCUGGUGGUAGGGGAAUUUACCACUUGCUGAGGGGCAGACUCCAUUCUCAUUCAGCUGCCCCACCAGCUUUGUCAUCACUCAUUUUGAGGAAAGAUCAAAAUGACACCGGAUCUGCUGGUGUGAAGUCACUGAGGGCAAUCGCUCUUUUAGGAGCAGGUGUAUCAGGGAUUUUAAGUUUUACAACUAUUGCCUCUGCUGAUGAAGCUGAACAUGGUCUUGAAUCUCCAAGCUACCCCUGGCCUCACCAAGGCAUUCUCAGUUCUUAUGACCAUGCUUCGAUCCGACGUGGUCACCAGGUGUACACGCAAGUAUGUGCAUCGUGCCACUCAAUGUCACUGAUUUCAUAUCGUGACUUGGUGGGAGUUGCAUACACAGAGGAAGAAACAAAAGCAAUGGCUGCUGAAAUUGAAGUGGAAGAUGGUCCAAAUGAUGAAGGGGAGAUGUUCACACGCCCUGGCAAACUCAGUGAUCGCUUCCCUCAACCUUAUGCCAAUGAACAGGCUGCUAGGUUUGCUAAUGGAGGAGCCUACCCUCCAGAUCUCAGCCUUAUUACCAAAGCCCGCCAUAACGGACAGAACUAUGUGUUUGCGCUUCUGACUGGGUACCGUGAUCCUCCUGCUGGUGUUACUAUUCGUGAAGGUUUGCAUUAUAAUCCAUACUUCCCUGGUGGAGCUAUUGCGAUGCCUAAAAUGCUUAAUGAUGGUGCUGUUGAAUAUGAAGAUGGCACUCCUGCAACAGAGGCCCAGAUGGGAAAAGAUGUUGUCUCGUUUUUGAGUUGGGCUGCAGAACCAGAAAUGGAAGAAAGGAAACUGAUGGGAUUUAAGUGGAUAUUUGUACUGUCAUUGGCUUUGCUUCAAGCAGCUUAUUACAGGCGUUUGAGGUGGUCUGUUUUGAAGUCCCGCAAGCUUGUUCUUGAUGUUGUCAACUAGAAGCUUCUCUCCUCUGGUUGGAUCGCAAAUCUUUUUUUUUUUUUUUUAAAAGGCUUUCAAAUGAUAAAUAAUUAUUUCUGUAAAAGAUUUAAAUGCUUAAUUUUUGUGCUAAAUUUGGUACACAAGAUGUAUUUCGGUUUUCACUGGUCUUCCAUUUUGGAAUUUUGAAGCAAGUAAUAAGGGAAUUGUGUUCAUGUAAUUUGCUAAUUGUUUU